AAUCAAACAACGGGGGGAAAAUUUUUUAGUUUUCCUUUCGUUCUCUGAAGUUCCAAACAGAGCCUUAGACAGAAAUUUGCUGUCCGGAAAAAUUGACUAUAGUAAUCCGCCAAUCCACGCGACGACGCGUAUUCAACAGCGAGAAAGAGAGCGCUGUCGAUCGUAUCUUCUUCCGUGUUGCAUAACUCGAACUCCAAACGAUUUCGUGUCGGCGAUUCUAGACUUGAGUCUCAACGAUUUCGAUUUUCUGAUUCGUUCUAAUUCUCUCGAUCCAUUGGACUGCCUCCGACUCCUCUCCCAAGCACCAUGUUCAAGUCAUUCUGGGGUUCUCAAGAGCAGGACGGUCAGGCGCUUCCACAAGAGAUUCCUACCAACUCAUGGUACCCUUCAUCUUUACUUAGUUCUCCCAGUUCUACCCACCCUACAACACCUAGCAGCAGCUCUUCCAGUAGCUUCAAUGUACAAAGGCCUGCUGAUCGACCACAAUCGGCAGCUCAAGUUUCUCCUUCGGAGGCUGCGGGCAUUAUAUUUCUUUUAAAGGAUAGGAGUAUUGAUGAGUUACGGAAGCUUUUGGCUGACAAAGAUGCAUACCGCCAAUUCUUACUUUCGCUCGACCAGGUUAAAAUUCAAAAUAAUCUAAGAGUUGAACUUCAUAAGGAGACUUUGCAGCUUGCCAGGGAGAAUUUGGAGAAAGAACCACGGAUAAUGGAACUACAGAAUCAGUGCAGAAUCAUUCGGACAACUGAAUUAGCUGCUGCUCAAGAGAACCUGCAUGAGCUGGAGAGGCAAAAAGAAGAGACCCUGAAGUUUUACUCCCCAUCAUCCCUCCUCCGUAGACUUCAAGAGGCAAUGAACAAAACAGAGGAGGAAUCCGAGGCCCUGCACAGGCAGCUUCUUGACGGGGAGAUUGAAGUGGGACCCUUUGUGCAGAAAUACAAGAAACUUCGCAAUACUUACCACAGGCGUGCUCUCACCCAUCUUGCAGCCAAGACAUCGUUAACUGGAUGAGUCAAGAGCAUCCUAAAACAUAUGUAUAUGUCAAUACUGAAUACUUCAGAGGGACUAUUGUUUUGAUCUGUUGACCCUCCAACUGGUAUAGUAUAUCUGUGCAGCUGGACAGGUUUUUAUUUUUAUGUAUUCUGGGCACUUUUAAGUUUUCAUGGUCCGCUCCCACACAUGUAUAAUCUCAUUUGUUGGCAAUCUCUCACAUUCUCCCUCUAUGUAUUACUGUAAUCCACAGAAUAUGCCUUUUGAAGUUGUUGAGGCAAUGAUGACAGAUCAAUUGAGUGGUGGGGCAACAGUUUAAAUUCAAA